AGUAGUUUGCGCUCCCAGUCAUGAGGUUUCACUUCCUUGGUUGUUUUUCUCUGCUGAAUGGAUGAUGUCGUAUCAUAAAUGUAAGCUGAUGUUGAUGUUUGCUAUGUAGCGUGAUGCAAUGGACGAGAACAGUGGGACUCCUUCUGAAUCAGUAAUCCGCACUUCGUGGGAGAAUUUCGAAGAAGAGAUUGGCAAGAUUAACAACCACUGUCACGAAAUUUCCUUUAGUGUGAAGGAAGAAAAUCUUUCUGACAACAUUGCAUUAAUUAGCAAACCCAAAUCUCUUAGACAAUCCGGUAAUUCUUCACUUAAUGGUGAGGAGAGCCUCACAGGAACUGACUUUAAGGAGAAUUUAGAUGAAAAAUCGAAACAUUUGGAGACAUCGCCGAACGAGAUAAACACUGUACAACAAUUUGAUCUUGAACCUGUAGUUGAUUCCUCGAAUAGUAUUGAAACAAGCGAUCAGGGAUUAGAUAACGCGUUAGGAAAUCGCGAAUCUUCUCUAAUUUCGAAUACAGGUGAACUGUCUACCGAAAAACAUUUCAUUCAAUCAAACGAUUUAUCAGAGUGCCUGGCAGAUGGCAUUGCACUGAACGGAGAAAGUGAAUCAAGCUUUUCAGCUGUCGACGAACCGCCUACCGAAGAAAAGGCUAUUUCUUCAGCAAAAUGGACCACGUUUGAGGAUAGCCGUGAUAAAGAAUUGCGCACAGAUGGAGUUAAGAGCAAAUCUGAAGAGUUAUCGAUCGACGAAAAACAGCAAAAUUCGAAUAUAAACACACCCAGGACAACCCCGAAUAUGGCGGCUUUUGAUUCCCAAUCCGCAGUAACCACAAAUAUUAUCUCCAAUUUGCCUACUGUAACCGAACCUGGUACCUUUGAAGUUCUCGCUGCAUCAUUUAAUCACAAGAAAAUUGGAGAAGAUAUAGCUUCGAAUUCGAAUUCUCUAUCCACAAGCGCUAUGCGAUCAGCUGUUCCUAUUGUCGACCGAGCUUCACCGAACGAUAAUGGCGCCCUUCCCUUGUCUUCAAGCAGUUCACUAGAACCCCGACCAGGCGAUACCUCAGCUACAAAGCAUCACAAAGGGACUGAAUGGGUCAGUUUUGGCGAGGAAGGGAAUUCCGACGAAAACCAGCGGGGCAAAGCAAGUCUAAGUGGGAGCGAACGCGAACAUGGUAACUUAGAAACGGCGAAGCGUCCUUUCGAAAACGAUCUUCAGAAGGGCGAUUUAGCUGUUAAUGACACAAAAGAUACAUCACCUUCUACCGUUUUACGAGAAGAAAAGGAGUUGAAUGGAAAAAGUUCAAACGAAGCGGCUUCAGUUAUUCCUCCCGUAUCGUUUACCUCGGCCGAAUUGGAUUUACUUGCGAGUAAAUCGUGGAUUCAGUUUGAUGACUCCAGCAAAAGUAAGUCAGUACCGCAAUCAAACUCGUGCUUUGCUCAAACAUCGUCAGCUUCCCACCCGUGGGUCACGUUUGGUGAUUCCAACACCCCUGUAAGUCAGAAUUUAGACCCACUAGAAUUGGAUGUUAGCAGUAAAAGCCAAUUCAACGUUUCAACAUCACCAAGUCCAAAUCCAUUCACAUCUGUACCUCCUUCAUCAGCCAGCAAUCCUUUUAAGCCUGCUACGCCAAGCAUUGCAAAUCCAUUCCAGGCUGAUGCUACUGCAGUUGUUUCUUCAAGCCCUUAUUCUAUAUCCAAUCAAGGGCCGAUCUCUUCAUCAACACCUCUUACGGGCGUGAAAACACCAUCUGUUGCCAAGGGUAGUCUACAAGAGACUGGUUUACUACCCACAUGUACAGCUGAAUUGAACGUUCCCCAUGACGAGCUUACUCUCAGUAACUCAACACCAGUUGACAACAACCAGGCUGUGGUUGCUCAGGAUCAAGUUGAUGCAAGAUCUAAAGUACUAGUCAGUAAAACUCAGCAACCUUCCCAAGUUUGUGAGGAACCACUUCGUGAGGAGAAGUUAUUGACCACAAGUGGCUCAUGGUCUAUGCUUCUCCGCUUCCCUGAUAAGAAAAAGAAAAUUGGAUCUCGUGAGUGGAAACCAGUGGUUAUUAAGUUAGGGGGUACAACCUUACAAAUUUUUGAGGAGUAUGAAUUAUCAGCACCUUUCAGAGAGAUUCCCUUGCAAGCGUAUUUUGUGUUCACGACACCCAAGUUGCAGUCCUUUGAACGUGGAGCUAAAGUUCAUACAGUUAGGUUAGAGUAUGUUAAGUACACAGAAACCAGAAGGUUACGUCAUCGUGGCACUGUUGAACAUGUGGCACACGGAACACCCAUCAUUAAAGUGGCAUCUCCAAGUCACAAAGUUAUCAGAGAACUUCUUGAAUCUUUCAACAACUCUCUUCGCCUUCUUCCAUCUUACAGAGACAGAGGAAUAACAUACCGUCAAGAUGAAGUGUUUGUUGAUGUUGAAGAUGUUACGAAUGUACUUUUGUCUAGUGAUGGUACCAUUCUAAAGAAGAAUUCGAAAGUUUUAGUCAAGUUUCGUGCUUUUCUUACAGGAGAUCCCGAGUGCCAGUUAGUUUUGAAUGAUAUUGCUCUUAGAGAACGAGAAGAAGCUCGUCUGCGAUCCGAAGAAAAACCUCAAAGAGUUCAUCAUUGGAUGAAACUGAGUCACUGUGAUUUUCAUAAGUGCGUCAAUGUUACAACUUUUGACCAAUCACAUGCUAUUACAUUUCAUCCAUUAGAUGCAUGCACUUUUGAGCUCAUGCGAUUUCCAGUUGAUCAUCACAAGCCUUUACCUCUUCUCUUAAAGACCGUGUUGAAUAUUCAUAGUGAACAAAGAGUUGAACUCAAAGUAGAAAUCCAAGUCUGUCAGGAAGCAAAGUUGGCAAAGUACAUUCGAAACAAUGUGAUUUUCAGAUUUCCUAUCCCAGAAACUUGGGUACCUCUUUUUAGAACAACCAAGGCCUUGAGAGGUGAGAAGUCCAUUAAAUCCAGCAAGGGGAGCCGAGCUGCUGGAAUAAAGAGCAGAUUGAGGAACUCUAAGUGUUCAAUUGCUGUGUCUCUUGGGAAAGCAAAGUAUGAACCAGAAUAUGCAUCUGUGGUGUGGCGAAUCGAUCAACUGCCUUUUAUCCACAGCAGAAUUCCUGCGGAUGCACCUCAGACACUCACAUGUGUCCUAGAUCUGCCUCCUGGAAUGGAAUACCCGGAAAACUUCAAACCCACAGCAGAGCUGGAGUAUGAUGUGGCUUAUGUGCUGGUCUCAGAUACCACAAUUAUAGCUGUUAAAGUAUCUAAUCAAAAUAUCCCAGACAAAUGGGUCUGCUACAGAGCAUCGUACCAUUAUCAGGUUAACAUUGACAUUUCCAGACCAACAGCUGGUCCAGUCAGAGAUGUUGGGUGCACACAACAGUAGGAGAACAAGGAACAAGAAUGAAUUUCUCAAUGAUUAUUGGUCAGGUAAAAGACAUCUAAAGGAUGACACUGUGCCAGGAUGGAAGGUCAAAUCAUUGUUACUCUGGCCAUGGUUUGCAAUGAAUUGAUGAGUCUUACCUUUAAAUUUGAUAUUUUCUGUUGCUGCUACAAUUUUUUUUUUUUAAAGAAUACUUAAGGAAUGGCACCUCUUAAAGAAGCUGCAGGAAUAUCAUAUCAUAUUCAUUUUAACAUUUUUAAUUAGAGGAUUUGAGUUGAAAUAGAAUGAAACAUGGGCUCCAUGGCUCCUAUUGAUAGCAGAGCUUUACAUUCUGAUGGGACUACCCUGGUGUUGGGAUUGUUAUUUAUUUUUAAACAAAGGUGUCAAUCACAUUAAAAUUAUGGUAGUUUGCUAGCAUGGACAAACAUUAAAGAGGUGAAGAAGACUGAAAUGGAAUGAAAUGGUUAAAGAUGGAGAAAAAUACAGUGAAUGUCAACAUUGAACCCAAAGUAUCCAGUAGUUGUUGUUUUUUUUUUUAAUUUUUCUUUUUUUAGUGUGCAAACUGUGAUAUGGUUCUAGUAAGAAGCAGAUCUUGUUAUAAGCAGAGUUUAAUCCUGAACUGAGUUCAUAGGAUGUUCUUCAACAAUUAAAAAAAAAGCAUUUUGUUUUGUUUUCAAUUUCAAGAGAAAGGGAAUCCAUACUGAUGGUGACGUGAUUGUGGAGUUGAGAUUUUUAUUUUUGUUUUUUGGGAAACUCUUUACAUACUCCUGUCUGUGAGCCUUGUUUUUUGGCUUGAGUGUUGACAGCUGGUUUCUGUACAGGAAAAUCUUUCCAAUAUUGUCAUUUACAAUCCUGAAGAAACUGUCUUGUCAUCAAACGAAGUGGUUCCAAGUCAAGUGCUAAAUAUUGCAUGAGGUAUUGGGUUGCAAUUUUUCAGGCUAGGACAUCUAAAAUUUGUGCCUUAGAGCUUGUGGCUUGUAAACUGGCACAAGUAAUUAUCAGAAAAAAAAAAAAAA